AUGAAGGUUUCUCAAGUUCUAGGCGCUUCCCUAACGAUGGCCGUCUGUGCUGUAGCGCAUAUGGAAAUGAAGAACCCCCCUCCGUUUCGUUCCAGCUAUAACCCGUACACGGGCAACGACAUUGACUAUGAUAUGACUUCGCCGCUCAGCUCAGACGGCAGCGACUUUCCCUGCAAAGGCUAUGCUAAGUUGUUGGGUACUCCCAAAGGCAAGCCAGUUGCAACUUGGUCACCAGGAGGUACCUACUCUAUGACUAUUACCGGAAACACGCCUCACAACGGUGGAAGUUGUCAAGCUUCGGUAUCAUACGAUCGCGGAAGUUCUUGGAAGGUCAUCCGCUCGUGGAUUGGCAACUGUCCGGUUAGAGGUGACUCAAGCUACAGCUUCACUCUACCUAGCGAUCUGCCCGCGGGUAAUAUGCUGUUUGGAUGGUCUUGGUUUAACAACGAGGGCAAUCGUGAAAUGUAUAUGAAUUGUGCCGCUAUUACGGUUAAGGCGGGUGCCAGAAAAGUCAGACGCGGUGCUGGGGACUCUUACAGCAGUCGUCCAGCCAUGUUUGUUGCCAACGUUGGUAAUGGCGUUUGCACUUACGAAGGCACUGACGUUGAUUUCCCUCAGCCUGGCCCCGACCCAAUCCGCCGUUCAAGCAGACCCCAUGCACCGGGUAACAAUGGUUGCGGAAAUUGGGGUGGUGAUUAG